CAACAAACACAAGCACAACAUACAUUCAAAAACGUGAAAAUCCGAUUGUGAAAAUGGAAUUCCUAAUUUUGCAUUUCUCUAAUUCUUCGUGUCAUUACAUCGAUUUUCUGUGAUCAGUUAAUGUGAAAUUAUACCUUGCGGCCUCUUGGGUUUUCGAUUAUUUUCAGAAUACAUAACUAAGCUUAUAACCAAAAUUGUCUUUGAACAAGUAUGCUGUUUUGUUGAAUCCUUAAGUUCUUCCCACCUUUUUGUGAACUCUUAUAGCUUAUGCCUAACUCGCAGAUAUCUCCAAAUCUUCCUAUAGCAUCCAUAUCUUUCCCUGCUUCUAUCGGGUAAGAUGUUGAUUGAAGGAACAGAACUGUUUUGGCAUUGCAUCAUCAUACAGCACAUUGCAUUACUCGAUCUCCUCCUUGAAGUUAGAACUAAGUAGUUGAUUACACGAUGGCGGACCAGUAUCUAGUUUUUCCUGGCACAGAUGAGCCAAGCACUUCCAGACAGCAUGGCACCGUGGUCGUACCUCAAUUAACCAACAGAAGCGGAAAAUUGUUGCAGAUUUUGAAUUCGAUCCCUGAUGUUGAAUCGGACGAAGAAUCAGAUGGCGAGGAAGUUAGUUCUCUUGCUCCAGGGCAAAGGUCUGGGUCCUCUUCUCAUCCGCCCAAAACUUCAUCUCAUUCAAAGAUGACGGAUGUUUUAACCAAUCUAGAUCAACUCUCAUUUUCUUUAGAACGUCUGAUUGUUCAGAAGCUUGAGGAAAUUGACGUUAGGGAAGCGGAAAUUAAUGGGGAGUUAAUGGAGAUUCAAAAGCUGAUAGAAGUUGAUAAGGUAAGCUACAACAAGAAUAGUGUCAGUUGCUUCGGAAUGCCGUAUUUCAAAACGCUUGACUUGCAGCCUUUCCCAGUAAACGAGGAUUACCGUUUAAAACUGGAGAAUGAUGAGUUCAUCUACCAUGAUUUACCCACAACCACAUUCUGGAGUACCAACGAAAUUCUAAUGCUUGAAAAUGCUGUCGGAAAAGAGAUAAAGAAUGGGACCAUAAAGCGAUCAUAUGAUUCUUGUGAAGAUCCUUGGAUGAGGAGGAAAGACCGCGCCAAAGCUUCAAAUUCAUUGGACAAAGCUCCUUUUGUGGAAAUUAUGGAACACGAGGAUGAAGAUUUUGAUUGGAACAAAAUUGCAACCAUCAAUUUUCGUGAUCGUCAUUCGGCAGAAGAAUGUAAACGCAUGUGGCGCUUAUAUGCCAAGCCAUCUAUUCUCAAACGACCAUGGUCAAAAGAAGAAGAUAACAAGCUAAAGAAAGCUGCAGAAAAGAAUAAUUAUCAAGAUUGGGAUGUAAUCGCUAAGGAAUUAGAUACAGGACGUUCAGGGUAUCAGUGUUUCAUGCAGUACAAACGGAGGCUAGCUCCUAUCAAUAAACUCGGAAAAUGGACAGAAGAAGAGGAUAAAUUAUUAACUGACAUCAUUGAGCAGUGUCGAAUAGGAUCAUACAUUCCAUGGACCAAAGUCUUGUACUAUUUUGAGCAUAGAUCUCUACGACAACUGUUUAAUCGAUGGAAAUACUCUUUAAACCCUCAGCUGAAAAAAGGCCAUUUCACACGGAGCGAAGACUUUGGAUUGUGUGUUGGUGUCUCCCUGUACGGAAAAAAUUUCAAAAAAAUUGCUAGCAUUUUGGGCAAUCGCAGCGCAGCUCAGAUUCGGGAACGGUAUAAGGCCAAAAUGAACGACUCCAGAUCAGGUAGUUGGACAAUCGAAGAAGACCAACAGCUGAUUGAGUUGUUUAAUAAGUAUGGUGACAAAAAGUGGUCUCAGAUCUCUAAGCAUCUGUCUCGCGAUAGGACGCAGUGUAGGUUGCGCUAUAAAAGACUGAAAAAUAAAUAUAAUUUCAAUUUAGAUAUUAUAAAGAGAAAUGUUAAGUACAGACCUCUACACACAUAUGAAAAACAAUGGUUCAAACAGUAUUUUGCCAAUGGUAAAGAUGAAAAUACUUUGAAAGCCGUCUCCAAAAAUUUGUCCCUAAUUAAAAAGAGAGGACGAAAAGGAAAGUCAGGCACUCUGAUGGAGAAUCAGCUCGUUGAUUAUUUCUCUGAGUCAUAUUCAGAAUCACACAAAAAUUCCUUCAAAAACCUCACUGUGGUUGAUGAAACAAAACUUGAAGGGGCCGCUGAGGUGAUUGUGCAACUUUUGAAACUCUUCAAAGCUAACCUAUGCUUCCCAAAAAACAUCAGUGAAAAUUUUAUCAGGGCUCGUGACUCCAACCAAGUGGUCAAUAGUUCCAUGCUCAAACUUAUGAUGCUUGUUGCUAAAUCAUAUAAUGCGGAAGGAGGCGCAACUAGCUACAAUAAUUUUUCAGUUGACGCGGACAAUGAUUUUGCUGUGACCGAGCUCGAUCCGCUCAAAGAAACGAAAAUAGACUAUGAUCCCUCAAAAUUUUCUCACUUGUCAAUUAACCUCGAACGCUCCUUUCAGACAAGUUACAACCAAGCCUCCAUGUCCAGUUUACUUUACGGUGAUACAGGAGAAUUCUAUGUGGAGCCAAAGCCUGUGGUUACAGAAAAUAACGAUCCAAUUGCAGUUCCUGCUGAAUCAUCAGGAUUCAAUUUACAACAUCUCCAUUCAAGGAGCAACUUCUCCAACGAAGUGAGUCAUCCAUCUGUGUCAGAAGAAAAGGCAAAAGUUGAAACGCAACUUGAUUAUCUAAUUCCCCCUUGCGCUUCUUCUAUGGUUUCACUUCGGACAUACAUGUUAGCACGCCGGAAAUUGUGGAAAAUGAUCGGCAAACAGGAAAUCCGCGAACGGUCAAAACUACCAAUGCACAACCUACCAAACAAAUUGUCACCAUUAGAAGCACAUAACUUAGCGAUCUCUCGGUUUUCGUCCCUGCUGUUUUGGCCUAUGUUCCUGUCCGCACAUAGGCCAUCGAAAUUCGGAAUAAAAAAUUUAGCUGAAGAAAGUGUGGUAAUUGCAAAUGACAAAUCUAGUUUGGGUUCAGGAGAAGAUAGUGAUGCUGACGCUGAAGAUUUUUAUGUAAAAACAUUUGAACCGCCUGCUCCCCCCAAGAGGAUUCCGAAGAAAAAUACAGUUCUCUAUAGGAAGAAACUGAAGCUAGAUAAAAAGGCAGAAAAGCUAAAAGCAAACGCUCAUCUGCAGAAAAACCGUGAUAGCGUCAAACCUCCCGAAUUAAUUGGCUGUGAUUCAAGUUUGAAUAUUGAGCAAAAUCUGGCAGCAAAAGUGUCACCAGGGAAUUCAAAUUUGCAAACCUCAAGCAAAGAUUCUGAGACGAAAACCAAAAAUGAUGCUGCCGUCAGAUGUACCACGAUGAAAACAGGAACCAAACGAAAGAGUCUCUCUAGUGUGGGUACCCGACGAAGUCAAAGAUUGAAGCAGCCAAAGGUUGAUGAAGAAAUAAUAGCAGAUCCAGAAGUGAAAGAAGAACAAGUUGAGACUGUAGAUUUAACUUAAUUGUAAGACAAAAAGUCAUCUAACUGCUUCUAGAAAGUAAUUUCACUUUCAUCGUUAGCCAUCUUACAUUUACAAAUACGUUGGUAGACAUUUAUUGACUCCCACCAGGCUCAAUGUCACAAGCAGGAAUUUCUGCCAGUCUUCAUGGUUUUUUUUCCCUUAGUUUCGAAAUGAAUUGAAUCCCGUAUGUGAGAAGCAAGCUGUUUCAUUUUGUUAAAAACUUACUUGCACAGCUUUUCAACCAAUUUAAAUCCUGCCAUUUGCAAUUCCCUCUGACAGUAGUGGAGUUAUAGAAUAAUGAAAAAAGUUAUUUUUAUCGGAGGUAGAAAAGAAGAAAAGGAAGAGAUGGCUCGUUUUCAAACGGGGUAAUUCAACUAAGUUGGUCUCUGGUAGAAAGGCAUGAAUUUACAAAACCAUUUAAUCAAUCUCUUUUAGAAAAUUCUGAAGUAAUUUUAUUCAUAGGAAAGAUUUUGUAACCUUUUAUGCUGGUUUUUAAAGUUCGGACUUUACAAAAGAAUGAAGGGAAACUGAGACAUUUUAAGGAAAUAAAGUAGGUUUAAAAAGAGUUUAGAAACGCGUUUAUCACUCCUGUUCGUUAUUAAUAGAUAAUGUAGAGUCACUGAUCUUCCCAACAUAUAAAAAGGAAACUUUGGACAUCUGAUUCAAGCAAGUAAGAUGAAACUAAGUUAUGAAAGUUUUGUAUUUUAUUUUUAAAAUCAAAACUUAUUAGGAAAUAAUGACACUACUCUACAGAACUGGGUUCAAAUGCAGAAAAGCUUCUAAAGUCUUAGUGUGUUUUAAGAAAAAAAUGACGACACCUUGGAUUUUUUUACAUGAGAAUAUAAGCAAGGCUAAGUUUCGAAGGCUUCUGAAAUGCAGAAAAAUAACAAUUCGAAAAUUUUGUCCUUGCCUUCUUCUACCAGAAACCGAUACAAUUAUAGUCAUUAUUCACAAAAAUUCAAAUUCUUAACUUAUAUUUAAAAUCUGUGAAACUCAUUAAAUUGGCGCAAAGAAGAGCUUCAAAUUAGCCACCAUAUUUCUUAGCUAAUGCAAUAUGUAUGCAUUUAUUUGAAAACCUCUGUGAAACUCUUAAUUUAGGGAGAGUGAGGAGUUUGUAAUCACAAUUGAUGAAUCAUGUUAAGAAGAGAUUCCUGAAAUGAUAAAAUUUACUGAUUUUGACCUUUGAAUCAUUUUGUGAAAUGAGACAUUCUAAUAUUAUGCUAGCUUUAAAGCUCUUGUUCAAGGAUUGCUCUUGAGAUAUUCUAUUCUUAAAAGGUUGUAUCUCACUCAAUAUUUUUUUGUAAUACAUAUACUUGCAUAUCUGUUAAGUAAAGUGCACCAUGUUGCCUUUCAAAAACUGGAUGAUGUAAUGAAAUUGGCUUUGAUAUUUUGAUUUUGAUGCCCUAAGUUGAAGAACAUUAACAAGGCAGCGUAAUGUUGCUUAUCCAUUCAUUAACGUUAUUUCUAAGAAAGAAAGAAGAAAACUUCCAUCUUGACGACUAGCUGUAAUUUUUCCUUAAUUUAGAUUCCCUUCGUCAAAAAAUUUCAAGUAGUAUUCAAUGAAAUAAUAACCAUAAUAUGUUUAAACAUUAAAGUUUGAAUGUACCUCUUUUGAUAGUGAACGUUUGACCUGCAUUGUACAAGUACAGUCCCUCUCCUCUAUCAAUUGAAAUGCAGUAAUUAUCAUCUGGAUAUAAUUGAGUGCAUAUUUUACAAUAUUUCAAAAUUUUUGGUGAAAAAGAACAGCCCAUAGUUUGUUGGCUUUCAUGGAGUUUAGAUUAGAAGUUGGUCCUUUUACUUACAGGAACGUAGGUAUUUUCUGAGAAAAUAAGUUGCCCAUUAUUAUUUUCCCUAAAGAGGCUGAGGAGUAGAAACUUCAGUUAGGAAUUCCGAAAAUAGGAGGCAUAAAAUCGAAGUAUCCUGAGCAUGCAUUUUUUUAUCAUUUUUUUUAUCAACUCAGGUAUUGUAAAAUUUCCUUUUUUAAAAAGAGUAUUUUUGUUAAUUAUGUUAUAUUAGAAGACAAAUACUGUUACUUUUGUUACAUUGGAUUUAUUUGAAAGAAUAUUAAAGAAAAAUAUACCAUAAAACAUGAAA